CCCCACAUCUCCCAAGAAGCCUUACAGCCGCGAAUACACGCUCAAGGCCAUCCUGGAGAGCGAAGAACUUCUAAGUUUCGCAUCGAGAGUCCCCUUCACGUAAUACCAGCAGCGGAAUACCCAUGUCCAUGUCCUCCACGAUAUCCGCGACCCCUGCCUGGGUCUUGACAGGGCAGAGUGGCCCCUCGUCACUCGAAUACGUCUCCGAAUUUCGGCUCCCGCUGCUCGAACCAGGUGAUGUCCUCGUGCGCCUCCUCGCCGCGUCGCUGAAUUACCGGGAGCUGGCCAUUGCGAGGGGGAAGUUCGGCCUCUCCCUAGCAACCCCCAUAGUUCCCUCAUCCGACGGCGCAGGCGAAGUCUUGCAGGUUGGCUCGUCUGUGAAGGGUCUCAAGCCUGGCGAUAAGGUUGUCACGCAUCUGACUGUCCAUCAAGACGACAACGCCCCGGCUACCUUUGCGGAUAUUGCUGCGGGUCUGGGACACGGCGCUCAUGGGGCACUGCGGAAAUAUGCUGUUUUCCAUGAGAGCUCCCUGGUGAAGAUGCCAAAUACGCUAUCGUUUCGGGAGGCGGCGACGCUGACAUGCUCGGGGCUGACGGCCUGGAAUGCGCUGUUCGGGCCUGGGCUUGCUAGGGCGAGGGUAAGGGACGCUGGGAAGGCGCUGGAGGGGAAGUAUGUCCUUGUGCAGGGGAGCGGGGGCGUGAGUGUUGCUGCUUUGCAGUUUGCUCUUGCAGCCGGCGCAACCGUGAUCGCCACCACGAGCUCAAAUCCCAAGGCCGAGAAGCUCUCCACACUGGGGGCGCACCACAUCAUAAACUACAGGACAACCCCAAACUGGGGCGAGGUUGCGAAGUCCCUCACCCCGAAUAACCGGGGAGUCGAUAUCGUCGUCGACGUCGGCGGGCCGUCGACCGUAUCCCAGUCACUGAAAGCAGUGACAACAGAUGGCCUUGUUGCGCUGACGGGAUUGCUCGGUGCACCGGAGGAUGCGCAGGUACCAUCUAUCAUGGACGGACUGACGUAUCUCUGCACGACAUCGUUCGAUGACCGGAUUUUCUCAUUUGAGGAGCUUAAGGAGGCUUAUGAGUAUCUAGAGCAGCAACGGCAUUUUUCGAAGGUUGUUAUUGACAUCGAGUGACUACUAUAGUAUACGGAGUAGACAUAAGCUUACCUUCCGGGUUUUACAUGCAUUCAAUACCCUUCAGGUUGUGAU